UAUGACGUCAAACAAGUGCUGUUGGACUCGUCCAAAAGUUUAGUGACAACACCAAUCCUUCAUAAAAGUUGUUUCAGACAGACAUCAUGGACAGAAGAGUGAUAUUAUGUUUCUUUGUUGUUUGUUUUAUGGUUUUAGAAGCUAAACGCCAUGAGUUUGAGUCUAAAAAGGCUCACAUGUGGAAGAAAGGCUUAAAAGGGGACGCAGAUUUAAAGUUUAAAUUGUUUACCAGAGGUAGUUGUGUGGAGAAAUGCAAGAGAAAUGAAGUCUGUGUGAAAGAGAAGGGAACAGACAAAUCAGUGUGUCUGGCUAGACAUAUCGUCAGAGACAGCCGAAGGUUGUUGCGCAAGAGCCGUCGUUUAAGAAAUAAAAACAAUCACCAGCUAAAUCGUUUCCAGAGGUUUAACAAACGCCAGAGGCAUGGUCUGGAGUAUUUUGAAAAGAAAGCUAAAGAAUUCACCAAGUAUCAAGACAAGAUGAACAUCCUGAAGAACAAACAUGCUAGAUUUUCUAAACCAAAGAGAUUUGAGUUUUCCAAAGACAGAGCCUUGUUGGAGAAGAUGGAGGAUGUUAAAGAAUUAAUGGAGCAUAGUCAUCUAAGUCCAGUUCAUGGACCCAGUGUGAGGGAGCAUGUUAGACAAAGUCCAGUUCACAAACCAGUUUGUGACAAGAAGGAUUUGCAUAAGAUGAGGGGCCGUCUCCAAGGUUGGUUUGUGACUCUCCAUGAAGAAUAUCAUGAGAAUAAGGUCAACCACAAGAUUUCAAAAAGAAGUGUGGGGAAAGACCAAUCUGAUGGAAAGUGUCACUGCAUCAAGUCUGUGAUGUGGCAGUUUCAUCAGCUAGACAAAAAUAAUGACCAUCAUUUGGAUAAAUAUGAAAUGUCUGAAAUGGAGAAGAAUCAGAAGGAAGCCUGUAUGAGGCCAUUCCUGAAGUCGUGUGACACGGACGGUGACUCGCGCCUCGGUAAACAGGAAUGGUGCUGCUGCUUCCAAGCUGAGGCCCCUUGUCACCUCGCCCAGAAAGAGGCCCAGGAGGGGAAGCUGUUAGGAGCGACCAUGCCUAGGUGUACGGUGGAGGGGUACUACAGGAGGAUGCAGUGUAAUGCCAGUACAGGCUACUGCUGGUGUGCUGAUCUGAACGGAAAUGAGAUUCGAGGGACAAGGAUGUCUCUGAAGAAGGGAGAACCACACUGUGGAAAGUUUGAUGCCCUGGGACGUGUAAAGACUCAUCAGAAAAGGAGGAAGAAUUAAGUGAAUGAAUACAAUUCCACCAUAUUGCCUUUUUUACUGUUUUCUUAUAUUGCUCACAAUUUUAGACAAAUGUUUACAUGAGAAAUUUCUGUACAGACAGUAUAUUUUAGCUUCUGAUUUGUAUUUGAUUUAAUCAGAGUUUCUAUACAACUUAUUUUUACUGAUUUGGUAAGGGUGUGAUAAAAAAAAAAUGGUUGAUCAAAGGUAUUUUUUGUGUUAAUUUUUAGUAUUUUGAAAUGUAGAAAUUUUAUACUAUUCAUAUACCUUUUAUUUAUGAAAACAUUUUUAAGAGGAACUUUUGGUGUUUUGAUUUGUUUAUUUUAUCUCUAAGUUUUGAUGAUUUACAAUAAUGAAUGAAACAAAUUGUUAUACAUGUAGAUCCCACCGCCAUAGAACACAUCUCAGCAUUAUUCUUCUCUGAUUUCACAUAUAAAUGUUCUUGCCUUCUUUAUUACAAAAGAAUAUGGUUGUUAUUCUUUACAAAUCAUGAAAUUAUUGUUGUUGAAUGCCUUUUUUAUUUUAAUGGUGAGAAUUGUUACUUGUGUUCUUUUUAUGGUUGUUCCUAUACAUACUUAUUUUGGUUGUGAUAUAAAAAGAGUAAUUUAUAUAUGUAUAACAGUACUUUUGAAAAUUAACUUCUCCUUUGAAGUUAUUUCAACAUACAGGUGUAUUUGAUUAGACGAGGACAUCACAGUUUGCUCUUAGAUAUAAAAAAUACAAAUAGUAUUGAAGAAGAAAUGUAAGAAAUUGUAAAUAUGUAUUAAAGUGAUCAAAUGUAAAUCAUCAAUAAUCAGUUUUGUUUGUAAAUAUAUAUUUUAGAAUUCACUGUGUUUUCAUCUAAAUUAUUAGUUUUGGAAGAUCAUUUGAAAAGGUGUGAUUGCAAAUAUUGGUUGAAGUUAUUUUAGACAUUUUUUUUCUGAAUCUCAAUUUAAAGUGCCUUUACAGUUUAAUUUGUCUUUUACCAUAUAAAGUAUUUGUCCAUAAAUUAAAUAAUAAUAUUAAAUAAAGCAUUCCAAACUUUCACAA